ACGUUUUCCUUUUCUUCCUUUUUUCUUCCUUUUUCCUCUUGUCUGUUUGCCUUCCGCCGCUCCCUGCCUGCCGUGCAGCCGCGCUCCGAGUGUGUUAUGCCGUCGAGCCCCAGCGGGGAGAAGCCGUCGGCCGCGGCGGUGAAGCGCGCGCGCAGUCGCUCCCCGCCCGCGACGCCGCCGGAGAAACGCGCCCGGCGCUCCACGCGCAGCCGGACACCGACGCCGCCCUCCCGCUCGCUGAAGUCGCCGCCGCGUCCCCGCCUCUUUCCGUCGGCGGCGGCGACGACGACGACGCGGAAGUGUUGGCGCACGCCCCGCUCUGCCGCGCCCUCGACGAGGCGUGCUGCGUCUUCAGCGGGCAGGUCGUGCCGGAGCCCACCGCCGUGGGUCUCUCCGUGCGUGUCUGCGACAUCCUCCUUGACGAGCUCUGCCGCGCGGCCCUCUCCCCCGCGCUCUUCGUCGCCCUCGGCGACCGCGUCGCGCUGCACGCGCUGAGUCAAGGCAACUACGUGGAGAAGCGGGUGCUGGACUACUUCAUCGCCCCCAUCGCCGGAGGGCUGCUGGCCAGCCGCCGGCGCGAGCAGCGUCAGCGGCGCGGCGAUGAGGACGACGACGAGGGCGCCGCGGCGGCCGACGCCGAGACGCGCGGCAUGCUGCUGCAGCUAGCGGACUGCCGCAGGGCGUACUCCGUGGCGCGGCGCACGGUGCGUCCGGUGCGUGCGAUGUUCACCGAGAGCGAGAUGGUGCUGCGGCAGGCCGCGGACCCCGCCGCGUACAAGGAGCUGACCCGCGGAGAGCUGCGCCGCCGCAUUGAGCACGAGGUCGCCGAGGUCGAGGAGACGCGGCACGCCGUCGCGGAGGAGCGGCGCCGGCUGCGCCUGCUGCGGCAGCAGGAGAAGAAGCAGCUGCUGCAGCGUCUCAAGAGGAGGCUGCGGCCCGCCGCCGGCGAGGGCGAUGCGGAGGCGAUGCGGAGGCGAUGCGGCGGGAGCUCGACAAGGUGA